CAAUGUCACCAUUUUCACUGUACUCUGUUUCUUGCAGGAUGCCACUGCUAAGACUGGUGUGUCUUUGUGCAGUGCUGGGAUACUGCUCUGUGGUUGCCGAUCUGAGUGACUGUGAAGCGGUGGGAAGUAAAUGCCACACCCAUGCCGAGUGCCUCAAGGCUAAAGGCAAUAGCUUUGUAUGUGUGUGUCGGUUUGGCUACCAUGGAGACGGACUACUGUGUGUGGACAUUGACGAGUGUGUUACGGGCCUCCACGGCUGCCACCCAAAGGCCCGUUGCUUCAACACACUGGGCAGCUACAGCUGUGUGUGUCUGGAUGGCUACUUCGGCGACGGAGUCCAAUGUGAGGAUGUCAACGAAUGCCAGACGAAGAACGGCGGUUGCCACCCCGGUGCCCUCUGUACGAAUAGAGAAGGAGGGCGAGACUGCAAGUGCAAGGGAGGCUUCAAUGGCAAUGGGUUUCAGUGCACGGACAUUGACGAAUGCACAAACAGUGGCAUCUGCCAUUGGAAUGCCACCUGUAUUAACAACCCUGGCUCCUAUGUGUGCACCUGUAACUCAGGCUAUAAGGGCAAUGGGAACUACCUGUGUCUGGAUUUAGAUGAGUGUUCAGAGACUCCCGGUGUAUGCUCGGCCUCCUUUGGCUACAAAGGCUGUAAGAACCUGCCUGGAUCGUACCAAUGCACCUGUAGUAUUGGUUACCAGAGCAAUGGGCAAACCUGUGAGGACAUUGAUGAGUGUGCUGGUAACAUCUGUAGUUUCUAUGCUGACUGUGUCAACACGCUGGGCUCGUACCGCUGCGCCUGCUUCGAUGGAUUCAUUGGGAAUGGGCUGGCAUGUAGGGACAUCAAUGAGUGUAAUGGGGAGAAUACAUGUGACCCCAACGCUGCCUGUGUCAAUGUGCUGGGCAGCUAUGACUGCUCCUGCCGCACCGGAUAUCUAGGGGAUGGAAGGAAGUGCACCGACAUCGACGAGUGUGCCACCCUUAAUAUCUGCCCUGCUUCGGUCGCGUGCGUCAACACCAGGGGGUCGUUCUACUGCGACUGCGGCACGGGCUACACCUUUAACGACUCCAAGUGUAUGGACCUGGAUGAGUGUACCAUCGGGCGCUGUAGCCCCUUCUCCACCUGUGCCAACUUCCCGGGCUCCUUCACCUGUGAGUGCAGGGCAGGGUACAGGGGCAACGGCAUCACCUGCGAGGACUUGGACGAGUGCUCCUUGGCACAGCAGUGCCACUCCAAUGCCCUCUGCACCAACCUUGCGGGCACGUUCAACUGCCAAUGCCAGGUAGGCUACUCCGGGGAUGGGGCGAUCCAGUGUGCAGACGUGAACGAGUGUCUGGUGGACAACGGAGGCUGCCGGAAUAAAGCCACCUGCGUCAAUAGUAAAGGUUCCUUCUCAUGUCUGUGUCCGCCUGGGUUCAACCUGGUCAACCGCACCACAUGCCAGGAUAUAGACGAGUGCCAGGCCAUGGAGAAGCCAUGCCACCUCAAUGAACGCUGCUCAAACACUGAGGGGGCGUAUGAGUGCCCCUGCCGGGUGGGCUUUGCCCGCCCCACAGCGACCAAGGCCUGUACGGAUAUCGACGAGUGCAAAGUCAACAACCCCUGCCACGUCAACGCCACAUGUUUGAACACAGUGGGCUCCCAUACCUGUACCUGUAAGCACGGAUUCAUAGGCAACGGCUCCAGGUGUGAGGAUGUGAACGAGUGUGCUGAAGAAGGCACAUGCCACUCACGGGCACUGUGUGCCAACAUACCCGGGGAUUUCUCCUGCUCCUGCCAGCAGGGCUUCUUUGGGGAUGGUUUCCGGUGCCAGGAUGUGGAUGAGUGUGCCCUUUCCAACGCCGCCACCUGUCCCCCCAUCUCAAAGUGUGUCAACUCCCCCGGAGCCUACGUCUGCUCCUGUAUGAAUGGCACAGUGGCCUAUAAUGACACCUGUGUGGCCCCCAGUCCCCGGUGUGCCCCUGCCUGCCACCGUCAUGGGCUUUGCCACCGCUCGCCCGCUGGCUUCCAGUGUGUGUGUGACCUAGGCUUUGAGGGGGAUGGACUCGCCUGUUCGGAUAUAGAUGAGUGUCAGAAGAAUGUGUGCCCUCAGAAUGAGACAAAGUGUGUGAAUAUCCCAGGCUCUUUUUCCUGUCUCUGCAAAGUGGGCUACAGACAGAACGGGACAAACUGCAUUGAUGUGGAUGAGUGUGUGUCUGGAGACAAGGAGUGCAGUGAGUUUGCCCAGUGUGUGAACACAGUAGGGAGUCACCUCUGUUUCUGUCUCAGUGGCUUCACUGGCGAUGGGAAGAACUGUUCUGACAUUGAUGAGUGCCAAAACCAAAAUGGAGGAUGCCACCCCAUUGCCAGCUGCUCAAACACUGCCGGAUCACACAACUGUAUCUGCCCGUCUGGCACCGAGGGCACUGGCAUUGAGUGUCAGGAUGUUGACGAGUGUGCCGACAACUCCACCAAGCCCCACAACUGCAGCCGCCUGGCCCAAUGCAACAACACGGACGGCUCCUACCUCUGUCUGUGCCAGGAGGGGUACCAGGGGGACGGGUUCGUCUGUGAGGACGUGGACGAGUGUCUCUCACCCUCCACCUGUGGGAGGAACUUGACAUGCCACAACACCCCCGGGGGGUACAACUGCACCUGCAUUCUGGGACUGGCCUACGAAGCAGGCACGUGUGUGAGCGUGGAGAACUGCCUGAACGCCAGCCGGGCGUGCCACCCUCACGCAGCGUGCCACCCCACCAAGGGCUCCUUCUACUGCCACUGCCAGGGUGGUUUCCAUGGCAACGGGGUGGCCUGCUGGGAUGUGGAUGAGUGUAGCCAAUCGGGGCGGGAGUACUGCCCGGAGUUCUCCUACUGCUUCAACACAGAAGGCUCCUAUACGUGUGACUGUUGGGAUGGUUACCAGGACAAUGGGACACACUGCAUGGAUGUGGAUGAGUGUGAGGCGGGGAACUACACCUGUCCUGACAACAGCACCUGUACCAACACAGAGGGCAGCUAUCGCUGCCGCUGUGAUCUGGGCUUCCUGGCUAGUAACAACUCUCAGUGUCUGGAUCUUGACGAGUGUGUCUUGGGGCUGGCGCAAUGCCCGGAUAGCUCAGAUUGCCAGAACACACCAGGCUCCUUUGUCUGUAACUGCUGGGACGGUUACCAGGGCAAUGGCACAGGCUGCCAGGAUAUCGACGAAUGCCUGGACAACUCCACCUGUCUUGAGAACAGCACCUGCGUCAACACCUAUGGCAGCUUCCUGUGUCCCUGUAAUGUAGGAUUCCUCAGUAUAAAUGAUCGGUGUGAGGAUAUCGAGGACUGUUCGGACCCCGACCUCGGGCCGCUUUGUAUCAACGGAACAUGCAUGAACACUAUUGGUUCAUUCUUCUGCUUAUGCUACGUGGGCUUCUGGAGCAACGAUACUGAGUGUGUGGAUGUGAAUGAGUGUUCUGAGGUGUAUUCCAACUCCUCUACCUCGGUCUCUGUCUGCCAGCCCUCCUCCACCUGUAUCAACCUCCCUGGCUCCUAUCAGUGUCCCUGUAAUAGUGGCUUCCUCCUGAACGGCACAGAUUGCCAGGAUGUAGACGAGUGUAGCGACCCGGAGGGCGCCCCCUGCCCUGAUCACUCCGUGUGCAAAAACACUAUUGGCUCCCUCCUUUGUCCCUGUCUGGACGGGUAUGAGCCAGGGGCACAAGGCAAUGACACGGUGUGCGGUGAUAUUGACGAGUGCCUCUUUAAUACCACAUGUCGCGUUGACCAGGUGUGCACUAACUUGCCCGGGACGUACCACUGUGACUGUCCCGGGGGGUACCAUGAGGAUGUGGGAGCGUGUGUGGAUACGGAUGAAUGUGGGAAUAGUAAUGGUGCCGAGGUGUGUCACCCCUCGGCGCGCUGUUGGAACACUCCAGGCUCCUACACAUGCCUCUGCUCCCAGGGCCACGCGGGCAACGGUACCUGGUGCGAGGACGUGGAUGAGUGCUCCGUCCUGACGGCGCCCUGUCACAAACGCGCCCUCUGCUACAACACGCCCGGGUCAUUCCUGUGUGUGUGCCACCCAGGACUCCUGGGCAUCGGGGCCCUGUGUGUGGACCUGGACGAGUGCCAACAGAACAAUGGAGGAUGCCACUCUGCUGCCACCUGUUCUAACUCUGCGGGGGGGUUCCAAUGCCACUGUGCCAGUGGCUGGGAUACCAGGGGGGGGCAUGGGGACAGAGGGGGGCAUGGGGACAGAGGGUGUGUUGACCAGGACGAGUGUGUGUCGCCCUCAGCAUGCCCCGCCCACACGUCCUGUAGAAACUACCCAGGGUCCUUCAACUGCUCCUGUGCCUCUAACAACACUGUUUGUAUUGAGCUGGCUAAGGAUAAUGGACUCAUUCAGUUCCAGUCUAUCAGUCAGAACGAGCAGUUCCUGCUUCCUGUCCCUUUCCCUACGGGUUUCCGUGGCAACGAGGGCCUGGCAAUGCUGGCCGUGUUCUGGGACGAUGCUGACCUCACCCUCGGGGAGGGGAAGCUGUUCUAUCAGGAAUUCCACAAGCUGAAUAUGUCAGAUAGAUAUUCCCAAAUUGUCUUCAGCCGUACAGCGGACGAUGUGACGCGGUUUGAGGAACGGAACGACAAACCUGCGUUCACCCCAGCCUGGAUUCUAAAGAUCACUUGGGAUCAUGUGAUGGCUGUCUCCUAUCAGAAAAUCAACUACUCUGAGGCUAACACCUUCCAGUGCAUCCUGACUACGGACGGGGAGCGCUCCUUUGCCCUGCUACGCUUCGGGGAGAUGUACUGGGGUCCUGGCCAGAGGAUCCACCAUGACGCCCUCACAGGCUACACCGACGGUGGAGCCCACUUUUUCAACGAGACCACGGAUCCAACAAAUCUGUUUGGCCCAGGGGGGCGGUAUAGACCUCAGGAGGUGAAGGGGAACACAGGUCAGCUGGGUCAGCUGGUGUAUGACCUGACAGGGCCCACAGAGCGCGAACACGACCCGAAGACGAGGUGCCAGGUGUGGGCCCUAAAGGAGCCCGAGCCGAAGGAGUGGGCCAAGGAGGUGUCCUCAUGCCCCUGUACCCGCGCCCAAGCACUGGAGGACUUGGCCUUCGGGCCUGAGACCCUGCCCCCCAACCAGCAGGAUCGGGUACGGGUGACAGAGCUACGGGGGCUGCGCUGGGGGGGCAGUGGGGGUCACGUAUUCCAGUCCAUCCUGUCCAAUCGGCACGGCUCAGGGAAGAGAUGUGUGUAUGACCCACAAGGUCCCCUGUUGGCUGGAUACAGUGAGCGCUACUUCUCUGGAGCCACUGCACAGAAACACAUAGAUGAGGAUCUCCUUCCGUUCGAGUGGUGUUGUAUCCAGUCUCCUCUGUGCCACCUCUAUCUGGCCAAGAGACCCCUGGACCGUUGCCAAGGUUACGGCUGGGUGAGCCCCGACUGCUGCAUAACCGCGGCCAAGGCAACACAGGGCAUUGGCAUGGUGUACGGCAGCCUUCAUUUCAUCACCUUCGAUGGGACUGAGUACUCUUUCAAGGCCCUCGGCGAGUUUGUCAUUGUGCGCCUCUCCUCCUACACGGGCUCCAAUAUCUUCACGCUGCAGGGUGAGACGUGCGAGCUGAAGACGGACGGACAGGCUAGACGGGUCCCCACGGUGGUGAGGAUGGCUGCUUUUCACCAGGGCAUCGGCAAGGUUGAGUGGCGGUGUGCAGAGUCAGGAGAGGGACUGGAGGUCCUGGUAGAUAAUGUGAAGGUCCCAGUCUUUGUCGGUGUGGUGCACAUGGGCAAGGAGGGUUUUGCGGUGCGCUGUACUUCGGCCAGUAGCUGUGCGGCAGUGUACGCCGGGGGGCUCCACGUGGUGGUGUGGAGGGUGGGUGGAGGUGGUGGUGCACAGCAGUUGGCCGCCCUGGUGGAGGUCCCCCAGACCUUUUACAACCGCACAGUGGGCCUCCUGGGCUUCUGGAGCUCCAACCGCACUGAUGACUUCCUGCAGUCUGACGGGAAGCUGAUGAUCUCCCCCAAGAGCAACCCUCCCCCGGAGGAGAGCCUGCGCCAAUUUGGCCUGUCCUGGGCUGUGCCCAUUCCAGAGAGCCUGCUCUUCUCCAUCCCACCCACUGGUCGAUUUACUCCAGCCUCGACAGAGGAGCUGAUGUCAGUGAGUCCAGCUGUACAAGACAGACUGAGGAGGACAUGUCAGGGCAGUUUGCAGUGUGUUCAUGACAUCCUGGCUUCUAACGACACUGGACUGGGUUUGCAAAGUCUGGAGUCCCAGGAGCUGUACCACAAGCUGGCUACGGUGUUUGGGAACAUGCCUCCCAUAGUGACUGAGCCCACGGUGAUCCGUUGUAAGGUCAAAUCCACCGUUCGCGUGCAGAUCAGCACUCAAGACUCCAACCUAGACCCUAUAAGCUUCUCACUGCUCUUCCCCAGACCACCACAAGCAUCUGUUGGGAAAAGUGAUGGCAUAUUGACCUGGACACCACUCAACAUCCAGCCAGUCUACCUGACCAUCAGAGUUGAUGACCAGCUGUUGAGCUCUCAGUUCACCCCCAUCCUGCAGGUGUGCAACUGCCUCAACGGUGGCACCUGCCAAUAUAACAGCAUAGUGGACAACCAUCUGCAGGGGAGAUUUCUGGUGGUAGGGUGUCUGUGCCCUAAGGGUUUCAGUGGGAAAUUCUGUGGGAAUACCACCGACGUGUGUAAAGGGAAGCCUUGCUUCCCAGGAGUGCAGUGCCAGUCCCAGGGAGAGCCAGACCAGUUCACCUGUGGAGAGUGCCCCUCACCCACCAUCUACGGGGACAAGCAGGGAUACAAGUGCUUUGAGAAUGACCUCUGCCUUCCUCCCUUCCCCUUUCCCUGUCACACGAUGGCCGACUGCCUCAGCUCAGGGUACAACUACACCUGCAGGUGCAAGCCUGGCUUUACUGGGGACGGACGCAACUGCACAGACAUAAAUGAGUGCCUGGACCCAUCGGCCUGUCGUAACGCUAAGUUUGAGUGUGUGAACACGCCAGGGUCCAUCCGAUGCUCCUGUCGCUACCAGAGCACUGAGGAAACCGAUGGCUGUGGGGACUCUGCCAAUCCACCAGGGUUCAAUGUCUUCAACGUGUCCUUGGGCUGGAGGAACCAGGGGUCUGGAGGAGAGGGGCUGAGGCAGCUGGAGGAGAUUCUGUCAAUGGGCUUCCAGAACAAGUUCUACAACGCUGUGACGAAACGGCCGAUGCAGGGCUCAGGUCUGGAUGAGUACAGGAUCAACGUGUCCAGUGACACACCCCACUGGUACAUCAGAGACUACCUGACCCGCGUCAGUGCUUACUACAGCAUCAAAACCGCUGAAGUUGGAGACUUGGAUGAGUGUAAAUCAAAUGAGGCUGUGUGUAGGCAACCUGCUCUUUGUGCCAACACUUACGGAGGGUACAGGUGUGUGUGUAACGGGACCACCGACGUCGACUACACCCAAUCCUGCAUUUUAGACAUGGGUGGUUUGAACAGGACGGAGAUAGCCGUGGCCCAGAUGGCAGAGGAUAAGAAACCCCUGAUCCUGGGCCUGGUUUUAGGCAUCGGGAUCCCUGUCCUCCUCCUACUGUCUGCCCUCGCCUGCUUCUGUUGUUCCCGCAAAAAGACCAUCACAGGAGAAAUUCCUCAAUUGUUACCCGAAUAUGUUCAGGAGCAGUACAACCCUCCGCCCUUCAACUACUCGGACCCGGCUCUACACUACAACGUCCACGUCAGCCCGCGCGUCAUCGACGACCUUACACCCAGGAAGCAUCGCAGUACAAACUUCACACACGCUUGACAGCGCUAUUAUGAUUCUACAUGUCAAAAAUAAAACAAAGUAAAAAUAUUAUUUGUACCUGUAAUAACCAAUUGCUUAAAGCUGAGGGACUUUCAAAGUCCAAUGUAUUUCAGAAAAGAAGAAGUGGACACAGAGAGAAGCUACGCAUAUCUCGUGCUGUGACUCUGGGCGAGGGAACUUAAUAAACCCGUAGACAUACAAACAUGGAGCCAUUCAUGUGCCUUAAGUAUUUCCCAUGUGACACCUAAUGCUUUCUGUUCAUUAUUUGUUAUCAUAGUUAUUAUAUGCAUGUGUAAAGCACAUUUGUAUUCAUAUUACAGCGUGAGCCUUGCCACAUAUUUGUACAUGCAACGGAUUAACACAGAGAAGAUUGUAGUCAUUUCAUUUAUCAGACAACAUGUUGUGGGGUCCUCUUCUUAAACUUCAGUCCAUCAGCUGUUUUACUUUAGAGCAUAAUGUCUACCGCUUUGUGUUGGACUUCGCACUGUGGUGGAGGGUACUGUAGGGUUCUGAGCCUUGAUGGUUAUGAAGAUACAGAGAACGAACGAGAAGCACUUGAAUCCAAUUCAAGGUUUCCUUAACGACCGGUCGGUAAGAGUAGUAUACACCGAGCAUACAAACUUUGUCAUACAUGGGUCUCAAACACCCUUAUAUAAGUUAUGAACGGCCUGUCAACAUUAUCCUGAGUGGAGAGCUCAAAAACAAAUCCUCAUAUCGAUCUACAAGACCAGAGAGAGUCAGCGGCUACAGAGAAGUCGCAGUCAGUCGAUGGCUGGGAUGGCGAGGCAUCGGUGAGACGCCUUGUUGACCACAUCCUCCCUCUACCCAAGCUAUGUGGUUCCCUCUUGACUGUCACUCCAUCUUUUGGUAGCUUGAAAUCUUUAAAAAAAAAAACGUUAAACUCUGGCUGAAAAUAGUAAUCCAGACCCGAAUCUAUAUAGCUGUUUUAUUUGAUUCUUGUUUGUUCAGCUUUUUCAAGCGCUUUGAGACUCAUUCUGUAAUGAAAAGCGCUAUAGAAGUAAAAUAAAUUAUUAUUGUUAUGUACAUUGAAGAGAUUGAAGAGAGG